AUGCAUGAGGCUAGCGCGCCCGAUCAGAUCUACCUCCCUCAGCCAAAGCUGCUCCCUUUUCUCUCCAAAAUUCUUCCUUGUGAGAGCGGCGUUGUCGUGAAUCAAGGAACUCAAGUUAUCCAAAACCAAAAUUUAGUAAUAUCCCGAAAUGACCCCGCGCCGCGGUUUUUCAAAGCCUCGUCGUACGAAGAACAGAAAAACAUCAACCGUGGACGGGUUUCUGGCACGUGUCAAUGGUUUCUAGAUGGCCCGACGUUCCAGGAUUGGAAGCAUGACAAUCAAGUCUAUCUUUUGUGGCUGUCCGCAUAUCCCGGCUGUGGCAAGUCUGUGCUCUCGAAAGCGCUCAUUGAUGAAAGGCUUGUUGAUGAUGGAUCGGCUACCAUCUGCUACUUUUUUUUCAAAGAUAACGGAGAGCAAGAUCAUGCAGCAGCGGCAAUCUGCGCUCUUCUGCAUCAAUUAUUCGUCAACCGAGAGGACCUGUUUCAGAAGCACGCCAGAAAAGCAGUGGACCAGCAUGGCGAUCACCUCAGGGCCGACUUUGAUGUUUUGUGGCGGCUACUUCUUUCGGCGGUCUCCGAUCCUUCUGCUGGCAAAGUCAUCUGCAUUCUUGAUGCACUGGACGAAUGUCGAGAACCCGACCGUGGGAGACUUAUACAAGAGUUGGAGCGAUUCUAUAUCAAGCCUCAAGAAAAAAGCAUGACAGGAUCACAGACAAAAUUCUUAGUUACAAGUCGUCCAUAUGUUGACAUUGAAAGAAGAUUCGCCAAAUUGAUUAAUCGAUUUGGAAAUACUCGCCUCGGUGGUAUACAUAUUAGUGGAGAGGAUAAUUUGAGGGCUAUUAGCCUUGAAAUCAACAUGGUUAUGAAUGCCGAAGUGGAUCACAUAGCAAGUGAGAAUGGACUCUCGGAUGAAAUUCGACAAGUUCUCAAGUCACGCUUCUCUGAGAUUAAGAAUACGACUUACCUCUGGCUGGAUCUGACCUUGAAAAUAGUUAGGGUGAACCUUGGUUUGACUAAAAAGAAAUUGCUGAAGCGAAUCGAUGAACUACCUCAAGACCUAGAGGAAGCAUAUGAAAAGAUUCUCGAACGUUGCAGUGAAAGGAAUGAGCAAGAAGGAAAACGACUCCUAAACAUCAUUGUCGCGGCGCAACGACCAUUGACGUUAUCCGAGAUUGAUGUCGCGUUAGAGGUUGAAGCUGAAUCCACAUCCUGUUUCGAUCUGGAUCUCGAAACACCAAACAAAAGAGAGAUAUGGAUACGUGAUGCCUGCGGUUUGUUUGUCAAGAUAAUUGACUCUCGUGUUCAUCUUAUCCACCAAACGGCAAGAGAGUUUCUACUCCGACAGGAAGGAAAAACGGCCAUUCAAGGGAAGUGGCAACACUCUAUUGAUUUGCAGACUGCUCAUUCGAUUCUCGCCAAAUUAUGCAUAGUCUAUCUUCUUCUCCGUGAAUUUCGGAGAGACUAUAAAUCACGACACGAAGACUCAAGACCGGAACAUGGUUUGUUGCUUUACGCCGCAAAUUAUUGGAUCCCUCACACCCAACAGGCUGGCCUCAUUGAGCCCGUUUGGACUACAAAGAUUGCCAGUCUAUGUGAUGUAGAUGAAGGAUCGAGUUCAUUUUGGCUCGGUUAUCAUUCUGAUAGGCUGCUCUGGGUGAAGAGCAUGCAAGAGAAACAGCCGCCUAUAUUCUGGGCAGCACGAUGGGGAUUGGUACAUAUGGUCGCAUCUUUCUUGAAUGAUCAUCAGAUGGAAGCCACCGAGGACUUGAUUAAGAUCGCGAUUAGCAACCGAGAAAACGGAGAGGCUAUAUUAAACCUCCUGCUCGAACGAACGGGUGCUAGAUCCCAGAUCACAGAGGAAGUCUUUGAAGCUGCCGCGGCAAAUCAGAGGAAUGCAGGCAAUAUGAUGAAGAGCCUCCUUGCGAUUGGUUCACCUAGCCAAAUCACGGAAGAUGUGUUUCGAGCCGCGAUAAGAAACACACAGAGUGGGCAGGAGGUUCUAGGCAUCCUGCUUGAUUUAUCGGCGGUGGAUGUUACAAUCAGCGGCACAAUUAUCAUGGCAGCCGCACAGAAUAAUGAAAAUAGAAUCGCUAUGCUCGAGAUGCUGCUUCAUAAACCCAGUGUCAAGAUCACUGUCGGCGGAAUGAUGGCGGCUGCGUCAAGUUAUCCAGCCGGGAAAGUUAUGAUGAAGCUUCUGCUUGAGCGUCGAAGAAUCAACAUCAAAAUCAGCAAUUUGCUAGCUAAAAUAGCUAUAAAAAACCCAGGAUGUGGAGACGGUGUAUUGAAGGUUCUUCUUGACCAUUUUGGAGCGGAUAUCUCAGUCACCCCAGAAAUGAUUCACUCAGUCGUGGCCAAUGAGCAAAACGGGUUAGCUAUGCUCAACGUACUUCUUGAGGAGAGGGGACCAGACGUCAAAGUCACCGACGUAGCGGUCAAUAUAGCAAUAUCGAAUCGAAGGCUAGGAUCUCCUAUGGUGGAGCUUCUGGUCAAACACAAAGGAUCUGGUAUCAUUACGGAUGAUAUGAUUUAUGCUGUUGUGUAUGGACGUGAGACUGGAAGUGAGACUGGAACCGCUUUGCUCAAUGUGCUUCUGACACACAGACAUGAUUUCAAGAUCACUGACGAAAUGAUCUUAGAGGCCUUGAUAAAUAAGCGAAUUGGAGCCACUGUCCUAAAGGUUCUCCUUGGGAAGAUGGAGGCGCCUUUCUGUAUCACAGACCGGGUAAUUCAAGCUGUCUCGGAAGAUCCUUAUUGUUUUGACAUGAAACCUCCUCAGGUUAAUUCGGCCUUGUGGGCUCCUUAUGAUUUGUUGGACGUCCUACUUCAGCAAGAAGGAGUGAGAAUCCUCAUGACUGAGGAAAUCAUAAGAUUAGGUUGCGUGCAUGAUUUCAUCGAAAUUGGAGUGGACAAAAUACUUACCGAAAAAAGAGAAAAGGUUCACGUAACCAAGAAAAUGACUGAUAUGGCAUUUGGCAAUGAUGUAUUGGAAAAAGGCCUGAAGGGGGUGGGUCCGAUACGCAAAGACACAAAACAACCUUCAGAAUCCAGUACCUUACCUGUUAAUUUGCUCGAGGUGGAGGGUAUGGGAAAUGUGAGAAUUCCAGAUUCUAUAGAGCCUCAGCAUUCUGGGAGCUCCGCACAGUCUCAACAUCUUGAAGGAUGUGAGGGACUUAUAGGCUUCGGAGGCUUUGAAGAUUCUGAACGGUUUGAAUAUUUCGAAGAUUCUGAAGGCUCUGGCGAUUUCGAAGAUUUUGAGGAUUCUGAUGAUCCUGAGGAUUCUGAAUAG